GAGAGACCGAGAGCUCCCAGAGAACCCGGACUCCGCCAUCUUCACGUUGCAAUCUAUAGCUCCCAGUCCGCGCCCGCACCGACCCAGGCGCACUGGGCGAGCCGCCCCUCAGCCCCGCUCCCCCCGGGCCCGCGGCGCCAGGGGAGCGCUGGGGAGCGCUCGCGGGGACCCGGCAGCUUCUCCGGCCGGCGCCAGCCUGCCAGGUGAACUGGGAAGGAUCCGCUCCUGGAGUCCCCCCAGAGCCUCGGAAGGGUCAGUCUCCGAGAAAAAAACAGGCAGCCCGCAGAAAGCCCAGAAACAACCGAACCGGGGCAGUUUUACAUUGCUUUGGGUUUUUUGAGGGGGCGGGGUGAAGGGGUACGAGACAAGUCCCCAAGUUUUCUUUGCUUUUUUUUUUUCUUUUUCUUCUUUUAUUAUUUUUUUAUUUGUUCGCAUUUUUUUCUCCCCCACCCCCCCUCCUGGUAGAAGUGCGCUUUCCACCUACCAGACCCUGAAAGAAAGUGUCAGGAGCCGGUGCAAAAUCCGGUUAAGUUCAAGAAGACAUUUGGAAGUCCAGGAGGCCAAGCAGUUUGAAGAAGUGUAAGCGAUUUUUUUCCUUCAAAAGAAUAUAUUUUUAAAGAAACCAGCCAGCUCGCGGCAAGCAACAGCAGAUUUUUUUUUUUUUUUUGCCUCUUUCUCCUAUUUUAGAUCGAGAGAUUUUUCUUUCCUUUUUUUCUUCUUUUUCUUUUUGCAAAACAAAGCAAAAGACAGCAUAGAAGAAAGAGCAAAAUACAGAAGAAGAGGAGGAGGAAGAGAGGGCAAGAGAGGAAGGGGGAAAAAAAAAACAAAACACCAACCCGGGCAGAGGAGGAGGCGAGGAGGCGCGGCGGCGGCGGCGGCAGCGGCAGCGGCGGCGGCGGCGGCGGCGGCGGCUCGGACCCCCUCCCCCGGCUACCCCCAUCAGUGCAGCUCUCCGGGCGAUGCCAGAAUAGAUGCCGGGGCAAUGUCCCGCCGCAAACAGGGCAACCCGCAGCAUUUGUCCCAGAGGGAGCUCAUCACCCCAGAGGCUGACCAUGUGGAGGCCGCCAUCCUCGAAGAAGACGAGGGUCUGGAGAUAGAGGAGCCCAGCAGCCUGGGGCUGAUGGUGGGUGGCCCCGACCCUGACCUGCUCACCUGUGGACAGUGUCAGAUGAACUUCCCCCUGGGGGACAUCCUGGUUUUUAUAGAGCACAAGAAGAAGCAGUGUGGUGGCCUGGGUGCUUGCUAUGACAAAGGCCUGGACAAAGGCAGCCCGCCGCCCUCCUCACGCUCCGAGCUCAGGAAAGUGUCCGAGCCGGUGGAGAUCGGAAUCCAGGUCACCCCCGACGAAGAUGACCACCUGCUCUCACCCACGAAAGGCAUCUGCCCCAAGCAGGAGAACAUUGCAGGGCCGUGCAGGCCUGCCCAGCUGCCGGCGGCGGCCCCCAUAGCUGCCUCCUCCCACCCUCACCCGUCCGUGAUCACUCCGCCUCUGCGCAGCCUGGGCGCUCUGCCGCCCUGCUUCCCCCUGCCGUGCUGCAGCGCGCGCCCGGUCUCGGGGGACGGGACUCAGGGUGAGGGUCAGACGGAGGCUCCCUUUGGAUGCCAGUGUCAGUUGUCAGGUAAAGAUGAGCCUUCCAGCUACAUUUGCACAACAUGCAAGCAGCCCUUCAACAGCGCGUGGUUCCUGCUGCAGCACGCGCAGAACACGCACGGCUUCCGCAUCUACCUGGAGCCCGGGCCGGCCAGCAGCUCGCUCACGCCGCGGCUCACCAUCCCGCCGCCGCUGGGACCCGAGGCCGUGGCCCAGUCCCCGCUCAUGAAUUUCCUGGGCGACAGCAACCCCUUCAACCUGCUGCGCAUGACGGGCCCCAUCCUGCGGGACCACCCGGGCUUCGGCGAGGGCCGCCUGCCCGGCACGCCGCCGCUCUUCAGCCCGCCGCCGCGCCACCACCUGGACCCGCACCGCCUCAGUGCCGAGGAGAUGGGGCUCGUCGCCCAGCACCCCAGUGCCUUUGACCGAGUCAUGCGCCUCAACCCCAUGGCCAUCGACUCUCCCGCCAUGGACUUCUCGCGGCGGCUCCGCGAGCUGGCGGGCAACAGCUCCACGCCGCCGCCCGUGUCGCCGGGCCGCGGCAACCCUAUGCACCGGCUCCUGAACCCCUUCCAGCCCAGCCCCAAGUCCCCGUUCCUGAGCACGCCGCCGCUGCCGCCCAUGCCCCCCGGCGGCACGCCGCCGCCGCAGCCGCCCGCCAAGAGCAAGUCGUGCGAGUUCUGCGGCAAGACGUUCAAGUUCCAGAGCAAUCUCAUCGUGCACCGGCGCAGCCACACGGGCGAGAAGCCCUACAAGUGCCAGCUGUGCGACCACGCGUGCUCGCAGGCGAGCAAGCUGAAGCGCCACAUGAAGACGCACAUGCACAAGGCCGGCUCGCUGGCCGGCCGCUCCGACGACGGGCUCUCGGCCGCCAGCUCCCCGGAGCCCGGCACCAGCGAGCUGGCCGGCGAGGGCCUCAAGGCGGCCGACGGCGACUUCCGCCACCACGAGAGCGACCCGUCGCUGGGCCACGAGCCCGAGGAGGAGGACGAGGAGGAGGAGGAGGAAGAGGAGGAGCUGCUGCUGGAGAACGAGAGCCGGCCCGAGUCGAGCUUCAGCAUGGACUCGGAGCUGAGCCGCAACCGCGAGAACGGCGGCGGCGGCGUGGCCGGGGUGGCGGGCGCGGGCGGCGUGGGCGGCGCGGCCAAGGCGCUGGCCGACGAGAAGGCGCUGGUGCUGGGCAAGGUCAUGGAGAACGUGGGGCUGGGCGCGCUGCCGCAGUACGGCGAGCUGCUGGCCGACAAGCCCAAGCGCGGCGCCUUCCUGAAGCGCGGGCCGGGCGGCGGCGACGCGGGCGACGACGACGACGCGGGCGGCUGCGGCGACGCGGGCCCGGGCGGCGCGGUCAACGGGCGCGGCGGCGGCUUCGCGCCCGGCGCCGAGCCCUUCCCGGGCCUCUUCCCGCGCAAGCCGGCGCCGCUGCCCAGCCCCGGGCUCAACAGCGCGGCCAAACGCAUCAAGGUGGAGAAGGACCUGGAGCUGCCGCCCGCCGCGCUCAUCCCGUCCGAGAACGUGUACUCGCAGUGGCUCGUGGGCUACGCGGCGUCGCGGCACUUCAUGAAGGACCCCUUCCUGGGCUUCACGGACGCGCGCCAGUCGCCCUUCGCCACGUCGUCCGAGCACUCGUCCGAGAACGGCAGCCUGCGCUUCUCCACGCCGCCCGGGGACCUGCUGGACGGCGGCCUGUCGGGCCGCAGCGGCACGGCCAGCGGGGGCAGCACGCCGCACCUGGGCGGCCCGGGCCCCGGGCGGCCGAGCUCCAAGGAGGGCCGGCGCAGCGACACGUGCGAGUACUGCGGCAAGGUGUUCAAGAACUGCAGCAACCUGACGGUGCACCGGCGGAGCCACACCGGCGAGCGGCCUUACAAGUGCGAGCUGUGCAACUACGCGUGCGCGCAGAGCAGCAAGCUCACGCGCCACAUGAAGACGCACGGGCAGAUCGGCAAGGAGGUGUACCGCUGCGACAUCUGCCAGAUGCCCUUCAGCGUCUACAGCACCCUGGAGAAACACAUGAAAAAGUGGCACGGCGAGCACUUGCUGACUAACGACGUCAAAAUCGAGCAGGCCGAGAGGAGCUAAGCGCGCGGCCCGGCGCCCCGCCCCUGUACAGUGGAACCGCCGCCUCCCGAGAGAAUGCUGACCCGACGCGCGCGCCCCCGCCCGCGCCCGCGCCCGCGCCGCGCCGCCCACCCCCGCCCCGCCCCGCCCCGCCCCGGGGCGCAGGGCCCGCGGCGCUCCAACCUAACCUGUGUCUACGAAGUCCUAUGGAAACCCGAGGGUUGAUAGAGGCAGUAAAAAUUGUGGAGCCUUUUAACUGUGCAAUAAUUUCUGUAUUUAUUGGGUUUUGUAAUUUUUUGGCAUGUGCAGAUACUUUUUAUUAUUAUUCUUUCUGUUUAAAUUCCUUUAAGAGAUUUUGUUGGGUAUCCAUCCUUUUUUGUUUGUUUGUUUUUGGGUUUUUUUUUGUUUGUUUCUGUUUUUGUUUUGUUUUUUUUUUUAAACCCAGUAGUAGCCUGAGCAAUGAUUCCCAAGCGAUGUAGAAGGGAAGCUUAUCUUUUAAAUUAUAAUUUGGGGGGGAGGGCGCUGCUUUUUUGAGAUUUAAGCUAAGCAUGUGUAAUUUCUUGUGAAGAAGCCAACACUUAAAUGACUUUUAAAGUUGUUUACUUUGUUUUUUUAAAUUCCUUCUUCUUCAUUUUCUUUUCCUUCAGUCCUGAAAUAAAAAGUGGCAUGCUGUUUUUUGGGGGGGGGGAGGGGUGGAUGUACAGCGGAUAACAAUCUUUAACGUUGUAGCACUUUGUUUCAGAAUUGGAAUUGAGAUGUAGCACUGAUGAUCUCCUGAGUAACAGAGGACUUUUCUGUGUUGAUUUCAACCUUUACAGCAUCUAAGGGAGCUUCUAGUGGUGGGGGAGAGUCAGAGGCCCCUCCUUCCCCCUCCUCAGCCCCCACCACCCCAGAAAACUCACCACUGACAGAGAAAUAGGAGGUUUUGAGAACUGCCCGGGAGAUGGCCCAAAAGCAUCUUAGAGUUGUGCAUGACCAGCAGCUACCGUGCUUUUCUUGGAGUGUUCUCAUGCCCUGGGAUACCAUCUUUGCUCUUUGCUGUAGAUGAGGCUAGAUAAAAUGGGCUGAGGGUACUUUUUUGGGUAGAUGGUGGUGACCUGCAGUGAUACAGAAGGGAAAGAACCAGCCAUGUUCUUUCAGGCUUCUUCUGGCUUGACGGCUUCUCUCUCUCUCUCUUUUCAUCACCCCCCACCACAGAAAUCCCGAGUCGCACGUUGCUUCCAGUGAUAACUGACCGUGUCUCAAGCAGACAAGUGCCCCGAUGAGGUGAACUGAGAGAAGGUAGUAUUCUCUCAUUUAACGCACACUGAUGACAUUGGAUGGACAGGUGGGAGGAUCUUGCAAAUUUCUCUUCCCUUUUACUGAGAAAGCAGGGAAAUAGCUCCAUCCCACGGUGCCCAGCGCUACUUCCCAAUUUUUUUUCUUUUCUAUCCCAUUAGGUUGGAGGGUACUAAACAUUGGACUGUUAAGAUUAGACAUUUGAAUUCUGUUGACCCGCACUUUAAAGCUUUUGUUUGCAUUUAAAUUAAAUGGCUUCUAAACAAGAAAUUGCAGCAUAUUCUUCUCUUUGGCCCAGAGGUGGGUUAACCUGUAAGGGACGGCCGAGAUCGAGUGUCAGUGUUGCUAAGCUUGGCAUUCACAAUACUGGCACUAUAAAGAACAAAAUAAAAUAAUUUAUUGGACGGUUUUUCUACUGCCAUUCAAUUUGAUGUGAGUGCCUUGGAAACUGAUCUUCCUAUCUGAGUCUCUUGAGACAAAUGCAAAACUUUUUUUUUUUUGAAAUGAAAAGACUUUUUAAAAGAGUAAAACAAGAAAAGUACAUUCUUUAGACACAAACAAAGCCACAUUUACUUUUAAUUAAAUUUUAAAAAAAUCCUGGUUGAAGAUCGAGGACAUGAAAAUGCCAUAAGACCCAAUCAAAUGAAGAGAUAAGCCCAGCACAACUGUGGACAUCCUUAGCUGAAUUACCCUCAUCCCCCUUUGUCUGUGGGACAACGCUGCUUAGAUUUGGCGUGGAGGUGAUUUACUGCUGAAUUAAAACUCAAGUGACACAAGUUACACGUUGAUAUCGUUGAAUGAAAAACAAAAACAAUUCAGGAACAGCGGCUAAUUUUUUUCUAAAGUUAAAUUUAGUGCACUCUGUCUUAAAAAUACGUUUACAGUAUUGGAUACAUACAAGGGUAAAAAAAAAUUGUGUGUAUGUGUGUUGGAGCGAUCAUUUUUUUUCCAAGUUUGCUUACUAGGUUAUAAAAAAAUGCCACAGUGGCUGCGUGUAUAUUGUUUUCUUUUUGGUGACGGGGUUUUAGUAUAUAUUAUAUAUAUUAAAAUUUCUUGAUUACUGUACAAGUGGACCAGUAUUUGUAAUAAUCGAGAAUGCCUGGGCAUUUUACAAAACAAGAAAAAAAAAAAACCCUUUUCUUUUCCUUGAAAAUGUUGCAGUAAAAUUUAAAUGGUGGGUCUAUAAAUUUGUUCUUGUCACAGUAACUGUAAAGUCGGAGUUUUAGUAAAUUCUUUUCUGCCUUGGGUGUUGAAUUUUUAUUUCAAAAAAAUGUAUAGAAACUUGUAUUUGGGGAUUAAAAGGGGAUUGCUACACCAUGUAGAAAAAGUAUGUAGAAAAAAAAGUGCUUAAUAUUGUUAUUGCUUUGCAGAAAAAAAAAAUCACAUUUCUGACCUUUACUUAUUUUUCUCUCCCCGCCCCCUCUGGAAUGGAUAUAUUGGUUGGUUCAUAUGAUGUAGGCACUUGCUGUAUUUUUACUGGAGCUUGUAAUUUUUUAACUGUAAGCUUGUCCUUUUAAAGGGAUUUAAUGUACCUUUUUGUUAGUGAAUUUGGAAAUAAAAAGAAAAAAAAAAACAAAAACAAACAGGCUGCCAUAAUAUAUUUUUUUAAUUUGGCAGGAUAAAAUAUUGCAAAAAAAAAAUUUGUAUGUUUAGUCCUAUUGUACAGGAGAAGAAGGGUUGUUUGACAACCUUUGAGGAAAAGAAACAAAAGGAAGUCGUUAAAUGCUUUGGUUCACAACCAUUUUAGUUGUAUAUAUUUUUGUCGGAAUUGGCCUAUACAAAGGACUGUUCGAGCAGGGCUUCUCUCCGAAUGCCCCGAACCUUGCAUCAAGGCUCCCUGGUGUGGCCACAGCAGACCGGAUGGGAAAUUCUUUAUUCGUGUUGAGUGGAGAAAUCAGUUUUUGUAAAGAUGUCGGUAACAUUUCACAGAGUCCUCUCGUUCUCCAAGAGGCCGUCUGUAAGAUGUCAGGUGUUAGAGGAGAGAGCGAGAGGGCAUCUUCCUUCUCUACUGUCCACCACUGUGGCGGUCACCACAUCUCCCGCCCUUAAGAGCAGAAAGGAAUGCAAACCGAGCUUUCUUUAGUCCUUGAGAAAACAUGAAACAGACAAAAGACGCAGUAAAAGGAGCUGGUGAAUCAGUGAGGCACAGGUGACGCGAGCUGCUGUUGAGACCAGUGCAAGUUGGAUUUCGGGAGAGAGUCCCCGUCACACCCAGGGACUUUCUUUCCAUGGAGAGUGUUGGCCUGUUGUCUUUCUUACCUGCUCUGCUGCUUUUCUCGCUGAAACCUACAUUCCGUCAGUUUCCGAGUGCCGAGGGCCUGGGAUGCAUCCGGUGCCUUUCCAUAUCGCUUCUCUCCUUCCCCUGUGUUUCCUCUCCGUCCUCCAGCCUCUGUCACUUUUAUUUUGUCCUCUUCAUUUUUACUUAAUUUCUUUUCUUUCUCCCUCUCUGUACUCCCCUGGUUUUUUUUUGUUUGUUUGUUUCUGUUUUUUUUUUUUUUUUUGUAAAGCCAAGUAGCUUUAAGAUAAUAUUGUGGUGGUUUUUUGGAUGAGGGAAUAAUACAUUAAAAAAAAAAAAAACUUAUAUCAGGAAGCCAUUUUUUAUUUCAGGAACUGUAAAACCAUUAUUUCAGGUUAUGAAAGUAUAACCAAGCAUCUUUUGGGGCAAUUCUUGACCAAAAGCAGAAAUCUUUCUUCUGGGAGCUUUUCUGUUUGAUACACCCUUCCCUCCUUGCCACUGACCUUUGCAAAGGGAACAGAAAGAAGGGGGGGGGGGGAGAGAAAGCUGAGAUGUCAGUUUCCUACCUGCCCGAUCCGAAGACCCAGGGGCUGCCCUUUCCUUCCAAUGCCCUCUUAAGGUACUGGAGCCUCCAGGGUGGUCCUCCUGUAGUUCCGAAAGCUAGCCAGCCAGCCCUCACCAGCUUCCACAAAGUCACCAGAAUGCCAGGACUAAGCCAUCCUAAAGCACAAAGAUUGUGUCUCUGUCGAUUGCAGAGAAAAGAGCAUUAUGCUUCUCUUUCAUGUUUAAAAAGCCCACACUGGAGCAGACGACCCAGUGAGGGGGGCCCCCCGAGCCUGGGUGACCCAGCCGACCUCAGGCCGGUUUCCAUACUGCCACAACUUUGUUCAAAGUUGCCCCAAAUUGGAACCUGCCACUUGCCAUUAGAAGGUCUUUCAUGGGGAGAGGAGGAGGCUGAACUACUAUAAGCAAAAUGUGAAAAGUAAGGAAGUCAGCCUUUCAUCCCGGUCCGUAGCGAAGGUUUUGUUGCGCACAGGCAAACCCGUGAUUUGGUGCUCUUUGUAUCUCAACCCUGCAAAGCAAAGUUACAUUGAUUUAAGUUGUUUGCAUUUGUACGGGCAAGGCGAAAUAUUUUUAUUACCUUUUCUAUUACUUAUUGUAUGAGCUUUUGUUGUUUACUUGGAGGUUCUGUCUUUUACUACAAGUUUGGAACUAUUUAUUAUUGCUUGGUAUUUGUGCUCUGUUUAAGAAACGGGCACUUUUUUUUUUUUAUUAUGGAUAAAAUGUUGAGAUGACAGGAGGUCAUUUCAAUAUGGCUUAGUAAAAUAUUUAUUGUUCCUUUUAUUCUCUGUACAAGAUUUUGGGCCUCUUUUUUCCCUUAAUGUCACAAUGUUGAGUUCAGCAUGUGUCUGCCAUUUCAUUUGUACGCUUGUUCAAAACCAAGUUUGUUCUGGUUUCAAGUUAUAAAAAUAAAUUGGACAUUUAACUUGA